AUGGAUCUUCUCGAUCUUUACCAUGCCCAUGAUUUGUCCCUUGCCAAUGAGGAUAACUAUGAAGUGCAUUUUGGAGCGAAGAGCAAAGAAGAGAGCCCUGAAGCCGUGCCACUUCGCACGGAGAGCUCUACACCUGAGAGCAGAGGAAAACAGAAAAAGCCUAGGAUUGUGCCGUGGGAACCGUACAAAGCGGCCGUGGCGCCGAAUAAGUAAGCACUGCAGCAUAGGUUAAAGAGCAAGUGCGCUCCAUUGCAACUUGAACGAAAUGGCACUGAUAAGUGAACUUAUAAUUACAGAAGAGGAGAUACAUGCCCGGAGAAUCUGCCCGAAUUGAUCGCAUACGCAAUGAACACGAAAGCAGAACAGAAUAAUAAUGUGACAUUGCGGAAAGAGUUGAGAGACGGGAGGAAAGAGAGAAAGAGUCUGGAGCCGGGAGGACAAACGGACAGGGAAACCGAACUGGAAAGAGAGUUGGAACUGAUGAGGACGGAGCUCAGUUUGGAGCAGAAAGUGAAUUCGGAACUGAAAAGGUUGAUGAUUGCUACGUUGAACGAUGAGCUGCAGGUGAGCAGAAUAGGAUUGAGUAUAAUAUUCGAAUACGGUUCAGGGACAAGUGGAAGCACUGACGGAGGACAAGGUCCGUCUCGCACAUCGAGUUGAUGAGUACAUGGGAAAAGUCAGUCGGCUACAAUUUAUCUCAUUCCCGUCUUCACAUUUCAGUUGAUGGUAGAAGACGAAGAAUCGGAUCGAUUACGAAUAGAUCGCGAUGUUUGGAAGUGCAAGUUUCUCGCACAAUCCAUUCGGUGCAAUGAGUUGGCGUCAAAGAACGAAUAUCUUCUAAAGACGUUGGUUGGAGUGCAACAGGCUGUUAAAACUAAAAAGUAUGUCCGUUCUAUUUUGAAGCUUUAAAGUAAAGCCACUUUCAGUGUGACAUCAGAGGAGAUCCGACACUUUGUCCAACUCGAUCUCCAUUCUUUUUUCCAUCGUUCGCCAUGCGAAGAACGAGUGCGUCCGAUCGCUGCGAAAUAUUCAAAUCUGACCAUUUCCUGCUGCAAAAACUGUACCGGUCGGGAGAUUCAACUGCUCUAG